AUGGCGAAACAAAUAAAAAUGGUACUAAUAGAUCUUAGUGGAACACUGCAUAUUGACAAUACAGUGAUCCCAGGUGCAGUGGAAGCUUUAAACAGGCUUCGAAGUGCUAAUAUACCGCUCAAAUUUGUCACCAAUACGACGAAAGAAUCCGGUAACUUUUUGCACAAACGAUUGAUAAAGCUCGGCUUUAACAUUAAAAAGGACGAGAUUUUCAGUUCCUUAGCUGCAGCAAGGAAUUUAAUCAUUUCACGGCAGUUGAACCCAAUGUUAUUAAUUGAUCCCGCUGCCAAUGAAGAUUUUGAAGAUUUAAUAAAAAGUAAUGAGAAGACAAAUGCUGUAGUAGUCGGAUUGGCGCCAGAUAAAUUCCAUUAUGAAGAAUUGACUAAAGCAUUUAGAUUAUUAUUAGAUGGCGCAUCACUUAUAGCAAUACAUAAGGCGCGAUAUUACAAAAGAUCGGAUGGUUUAGCUUUAGGACCAGGUGCGUUUAUAACUGGUCUAGAAUAUUCUGCUAAUGUUAAAGCAGAAGUUGUUGGUAAACCAACUGAGGAAUUUUUCAAAGCUGCUUUAGGAGAUGUACCACCGAAAGAAUCCGUUAUGAUUGGUGAUGAUGUUAAGGAUGACAUAGCUGGCGCUCAAGCUAUCGGUAUUAAAGGUCUCUUGGUACAGACCGGAAAAUACCGAAACGGGGAUGAAGAUACAAUUACUCCACGGCCUACAAAAGUAUGCAGUUCUUUUGUGCAAGCUGUAGAAUAUAUUCUUAACAAAGAAGUUUAA